AUGAAUGAGAAAGAAUUCAACUACCCUUUAAUUACUAAUAUCAAUUAUACAUUGGAUGCUAAUUAUUCAAUUAAAGAAUUUAUUGAGAUAAUAAAUGAAACUGACGGAAAUAGAACAACUACAGCAGUAGAUGUCGUAAAUAAUUGGUGGGCAUUAGUGGCUAUAGCGCUUGUUGUUUGCACUGCAGCUGGGAACGUGUUGGUUUGUUUGGCAAUUUAUUUGGAAAGAAGGUUGCAGAAUGUUACGAAUUACUUCUUGAUGUCGUUGGCGAUAACUGAUCUGCUUGUUGCUAUCCUGGUUAUGCCGUUGGGGAUAUUAACGCUAGUGAGAGGAUACUUUCCCCUGCCAGCAGUAUACUGUCUCACCUGGAUCUGUCUCGACGUGUUACUUUGCACCGCAUCUAUUAUGCAUUUAUGUACGAUCAGCGUUGACAGGUACCUUUCAUUACGCUAUCCAAUGAGGUUUGGUAGAAACAAAACAAGAAAACGAGUUACGAUCAAGAUCGUCUUCGUAUGGAUACUCUCCACAGCGAUGAGCCUUCCUUUAAGCCUCAUGUAUUCUAAGGUAAGAAUA